CGCGCCCCGGAGCGCUCGCCGCCUGGUGCACGGCGCCCCCCAGUGGGACGCCAGGGUCUAGUCACGCCGCGCGCUCCCAGGCCCGCCGCUCUCCGGACAAAGGGCGCGAGUUCCAGGGAUCCAGCCCACAGCGCCCGGGCCCGGGCCGGCCGUCUCCUGCCCUCGGCGGCCUCCCGUUAUCAGCGGAGUCGGCGGGGAGCAGGUACCCACGGUCCCCCAGCCUGCGCGGGGCGCGCGGGAGAGCGGAGCGUGGGCGGGGCUUCCGGAGGCGGGGGCCUCGGGGUCACUGUCGCUGCAGUCACCGGAGCCCACACUCGGUCCCGAGAUGACGGCGUGCAAGCGGGUGGCGAAGGAUGGGCUCCUUUAAUUCCCCAUGAUCCAGCUCAGUGUCACCUUCUGCAAAGCCUUCCUGCUGUCCCCUCCUCUCCUUCCUCGUUACUGUCCACAUCACCACACCCCUGGGUCCUCCAUUGCUCCAGUGAAGUUCUUGAGGACUGGGCUCUGUCUUAGUCAGGUGUUAGCAGAGGCUGCCCAGGAAGGGCUGCUGGGAGAAUUCAGCGAUGUCCAGGUGACUGGGCCACGUUGCUAGGAAGGAGCUGGAGGAUCUUCAGAAGAAUCUCCCCCAGUACCUGCGGAACCUGUCCAGCGAUGACGCGGAUGUCCUGGUGUGGCACGCUCUCCUUCUGCCCUUGAUCGAGGGUAAAGAGUAGUUCCCCAAAUUAUGCCAACCUCAGAGUGUUCUCCAGACAUUAGUUAUAUCAAGGCGGACGGUGAAGCUGGCAUCUACACAAGUGGCAUCGGAGAAGCCACCUUACAACCUACGGGCCUUCAACCUGCGCAUCAACUUCCCCGAGGAAUAUCCAAUGAGACCCCCCACAGUGACGUUCACAACCAAGAUCUACCACCCCACUGUGGGCAUUAAUGGCCAGGUGUGCCUGCCCAUCAUCAGCAAUGAGAACUGGAAGCCUUCUACCAAGACCUACCAAGUCUUGGAGGCCCUCAGCGUGCUGGUGAAUAAUCCGGACCUGGGGGAGCCCGUGCGCCUGGAGCUUGCUGACCUGCUAACACUGGACUCUGAGCAGUUCCACAGGAGAGCCGAAGAGUUCACCCUCAAGUUUGGAGAGCCCCGGCCCUCCUAGCUCUGGUUCUGGCCCUCUGCACCGGGUCCUGUCCCUGUGAUGGCAGACACACAACAUGGACUGGGGCCAGAGCCCCUUGGUGGCCCAUGUCCUGCUCAGUUUUUCUGUGUUUGUUCCUUUCUUAGGUUGUUAGCCGUUAGUUGUGUGUGUGGUAUGUGUGGACCCAGUUCCAGGUUCACGCAUGGGGUUAUGGGGCUGAUUUUGAGUUAGAGAAGCCCAAAGAGAAGAGAUAAAAAUUGUGGGUCUCAGUGGAGUCUGUUGUUGGAUAGAAGGGAUGUGCCCUGAGAUACCUGCUCCUGCCUCUGUUCUUACACGUGGGAUACCUGCUGCUCUCUAUCUGUGCACCUUGGUGAAGCCUCCACUCCUUUCCAGGGCUCAGUGCCCUAAAGGACAGUUGAGGGGGUUGGCCCAGUAAUGACAAUCCAAUCGCUUCAUUAAGCACUUUUGGCACUAUGCAGAGAGCUUCACGCAUAACGUCAUCGAAUCCCCUGAGCAGCUCCCCAAGAUAGUGCUGUGUGCUUUCCUACUUCCUUUCUGUGCCCCAGAGCCAGGCAGUUAAGGUUUGCAGAGUCACAGGCCAGCUGCUACUAGUGGCUCCAUCUUAAAGAUCACCUUCCAGGCCAGCUGGCAGGAAAUGAGCCCGGCAGGCCACCAGAAAACCUCAGGGACCCAGGCAUCUGGGGGAGUGGAGGCGGGAGGCGGGGCACAUCGAAGGGAGUCCCUUGCAAUUGGGUGGUUUGUUGAUUAUAUGAUCAGCCGGGCUGUGCAGAUUUAAGUGCUAAACCUUUUCUUUUCCACUGAUGAAACACUAAGUGAAGAAUCUGAUCUCUGUCCCAGAAAUCUGACUACACUGUUUCCAAACCACUUGCAAUCCCAUUAGGUUGGGGCCAGGCUUCAGGCUGGGAGGAGCGGCCCCUUCAGCUUCCAGUCAAGAGGGAGUCACGGAAACCGUGUGUUUUUCCAGCCAUUAAAGUCUCAGAUG